AAAGCAGAUGACAAUGAGAUCAUCUUUGGAUGCAGCAUAAGAAGGUUGGGAGACACUAGCGACGCUGGAGACCUACAACUAAACCUGUCCUCACAGAAGAGUAAGUCAUAACCAAUUUGAUGAAAGGACUGUAAAGAUUGGAGAAUAUUCAAAGAAGAAAAUAAGAGAUCGCCAAUUGGGUGAACACAAGAUUAGCUCCAAUUUUAGUGACACCCCUUUGCUUCUGAACAAGGAAAUUGACAUAUCUGCUCCUUCUGAUACUCUCUGUUCUUACACUGUGGAUACUGCUCCAGGAACUAACACUGAUAACAGUACUUCAGACACUUACUCUCUGAAUACUGUCUUAAACACUUGCACUAUUGACACUACUCCAAGAAACAUGGCUGAAAAUAAUCCAGAUACUAACCCUACUGACACAAUCACUAGUUCUUCUGGUGAUGACCCAAGCAUUUCUUUAAAUGCUGGCUUUUACACUGACAUCAACAACAAUAUUAUAGUCCCUUUCAUAAGUACUUACAGUCAAUACACCUCUGAUGGAACUCAGGAACCACCAGAUACUAAGAGUAUUCCAAGCUAUACUUCUGAGAGUGCUUGCAACACUUUCAUCUCUGAAAAUGCUCGGACCACCUCCUCGAUAAAUGAUGGCUUCAUACCUUCUGAUGCUGUCAGCAUUUCUGAAAACAAUCACAGAGAGACAGAGGGUAAUCUGGGAGCUGGAGAAAAUAAGCAGGUAUUAGGUGAAAACCAAAGGAAGAGCCAGUCGGCAAAUGCAUCACUAAAAGAACACAAUCCAGAAUAUAGAACACAUCCAUAUUGUUUCAAGACUGAAAAACCUGUGGUUUCAAAUAUUCAAACACGAUCUGCUACUGUUUCAUGGACUCUGAAGAGUACUGAAAAAUAUGAUAUCAAUUCUCCUACGUCAUUUGAAUUGGCACUGUCCAGCAGUGGUAAAAAUGGAAUCUAUAAAAACAUUUAUACUGGUGAUGGCGUUACUGUGGUCCUACAUGAUCUACAACCUUGCAUGGUCUACUUUUUAAGAGUUACAACCAUAAGAGAUGCAGAACACAGAAGUGUGUCUGAAGUGGUUAGUUUCACAACACCAGGCUGUGAACCAGACCCUCCUCUUGCACCAACACUGAUUAGCAGAACCAAGAACAGCCUGAAUUUACAAUGGAAAGGUUCCAAUGAUAAUGGAUCUAAAAUAAGCAGCUUUGUUUUGGAAUGGGAUGAGGGUAAAGGUGAAGACUUCAAAAUUUGUUACAGUGGACCCCUGAAACAGCACAAGGUCUUUAAACUGAGACCAUCAACAAAGUAUUCAUUCAGAUUAGCUGCCAAAAAUCACUUUGGCUGCAGUAAUUUCAGUGAAACAGCAGUCUUCUAUACAUCAGGAAACACACCUCCAGCACCACUGCCACCUAAGUUGAAGGAAGCAGGAGUCCACAGUUUGUCUCUAGAAUGGUGUGCCCCAACAAACCCAAACCCAAAUUACACUCUUUCUUAUGUGCUAGAGAUGGAGGAAGAAAACUCUGGAUUAGGUUUUAAACCUAAAUACAAUGGAGAAGACCUCUCCUGCACCAUAAGAAGUCUUCAAAGAAAUACUACAUACAAGUUUCGGAUUUUUGCCUAUAACCUGGAAGGAAGGAGCAACCCCAGUGGAGAAGUAAAAUAUACUACUCGUCCAGCUAGGCCUGGAUGCCCUAAUAAACCAUAUGUAGUGGGAACCAUCCUUGCCCGCAAAGUGACAGUUGGAUGGGACUUACCCAAAGACAAUGGCGGAAUGAACAUUUCAAGUUACAGUUUAGAAGUUUGUGAAAAUUCAGAUGGUGCGAAUCUCUGGAAAAUAAUCUACAAUGGCACUCUACAGGAAUUUCUGUAUGAUGACCUCCAACCAGGCACCACAUAUAAACUGAGAGUCUUUUGCACUUCACCUGCAGGCCAAAGCCGUCCUUCAGAUGUAUUGACAAUUCAGACACCUACUCUUCCUCUUGAGUCUUGUCGUUCACUUCCCUUACGUGGUAAAACCAAGGGCAAGGAUGCCAAUCUUCCUGACAAUCAUUCUGCUAAUGGGAAGUCAGAAGCACUUGUGCGUGGCAAAAAAGCAAAAGGUCCUCAUCAUGACAGAAAGGAGUGUCCCAGCUCUGAAAAGAAAUGUGCAGCUGUAAAUAGAGCUGGGGUUGGACUGUUUGGAGGAACUGCAAAAGUGACCACACCUGGAACCGUACCAGCAAUGGUUUCAAUGGUACAAGAAAUUGAAAACAAAGUGCCUGCCAAGUUGUCACCAACUUGUAUAGCUAUCCGGUGGGAGGAACCAGACUGCCAUGGCUCUCCAAUCACCGGAUAUAACAUUGAAUAUGGAGAUAAAAAAAUCGUGACUGUCAAAAGAGUAACCGAGUAUGUUCUGGAAAAUCUACAGCCUAAUACUACAUACAGAAUCAGAAUUCAAGCUAUCAAUCAUUAUGGACUAAGCCCUUUUAGCCCAACAAUAAGAUGCAAAACCAAACCACUACCACCAGAGCCUCCACAGCUUAAUUGUGUGGUCUAUGGACACCAGAGUCUCAGACUCAAAUGGGGCACAAUCUCAAGCAAAAAAUCACUUGCCAACUUUAUCAACUACAACUUACUAAUGGAAGACCGGUCUGGCAGAUUUUCUGUCAUUUACCAUGGGCCAGAUGUGACUCACAAAGUGCAAAAAUUGAGUGAAUAUACAGAAUACAAGUUUAAAAUCCAGGCAUGUAAUGAAGCUGGUGAAGGACCAGAGUCCAACGUCUACACUUUCACUACAACAAAAUCCCCACCCACUGCACUUAAAGCACCUAAAGUACAUCCACUGAAUAACAAUGGUUGUGAGAUCAAAUGGGAAUCUUUGGCGCCAAUGAAAGGUGAUCACAUUGUUUACUGUCUUCAAGUCAACACUGGAAAAAAGGCUAAUCAGAUUUACAAAGGACCGAACACUUCCUUUUCCUUGUCCAACUACCAUGCAAAUUCACGCUAUCGCUUCAAGGUCUGUGCAGGACGCCAAUAUGAAACCUCCAAUGGUCUUCAAGAGCUGUGGGGGCCAUAUAGUCCCAGUGCUCUUUUCUCAACGUACAAACAUCACUCUGGGCAUGGCAAAGGCAGUGGGGGUAAAGGAAAAGGCAACCACAAUGAGAAAAGGGGAAAGUACAAGAUAAAGUUCGCACUGAUUGCUCUUUUGUGUGCUGUUGCUUUUCAGUACGUCCUGCUCAUCUAGUCAAUUAUUUAGAAACAAAGAAAGCAAAUUGUAUCACAUUUAGAAAACCUUAGAUACAUCUUCUUAUACUUAAUGCUUAUUGAUAAAAAAGUAGUAACAGGAAAAAAACCAAAACAAACAAAACAAAAAAAUCAAAACAACAGAAAACAAACCAAAAAGCCCUAUCUUUCAUUUUAAAAGCUUUUGUGACAGUAGAAGAGAGAUUUCUAAGGAAACAUAUGUCCCUUGAAUUUUACCAUUUUCAUUGUUCUGUGAACAACCAUUGCCUUGUUAUGUUAAACUCAGUCAUCUGUGGAAACUACUUUCUGCCUUGACUUUUCAAGUUAAUGUUUUCAAAAUUUUUUAGGACUAUGACAUAACAACAGUAUUUUAGAAUUUCUUUUAGAACAAAAUAAGAAAUAUCACUUCUCUCUGUCCUGUUAACAUCCAUAUAAAGUAAUAAAAAUGCAUCUAGCAAA